AUGUCAAAAACAGCCGCGGCGCUGAAAAAGACAUUCCUCGUGGGAGCGCGGCGGGGGAUGAUUCGUAUGCCACCACUACGUCGGGCGAGCUCUCAAUCGAACUCAGCAGCCACGGCCCCGGCGAUACAGUCACCACCACCACUCCCUACAUCUUCGGUCCCGAAAGCACUUCCUCCGCUCUCCCUUAUGCCAACGCCUCUCCUUAUCCGCUCCUACCUGCUAACCACCAUUCUCGCCUCCCCACGCCUCCUCAGGCUCGCCCUCCCCCUCCUCACCACCAUUGCCAACUCGCCCUCGCCGCUCCUAAACCCCGACCGGAACCCCCUAAUCGGCAUCCCCGUCCGCAAGAUCGUCUAUGACCACUUCAUAGCGGGCGGGUCUGAGGACGCCGUCCGGCAGACGGUGACGCAGAUAAAAGCGACGGGGUUCGCGGGGGUGGUGUUGGGGUACGCGAAGGAGUUCGGGGUGGGAGAUAGGGGGGAGGUGGGAAAAGGGGAGGAGGGGGACGAGGAGGCGGAUGUGGUGAGCUGGGGGAGGGAGUACGAGCGGACAAUGGAGAUGGUUGAUGAGGGGGACUUUGUGGCUGUCAAACUUUCGGGCGCCGGACGCUCCACCCUCCACGCCCUCGCCAACCAGCAGCCGCCACCUGCCAGGAUGUGGCAGCAGCUGCUCGCCCUCUGCGCCACGGCCCAGGUGUGCAAGAUCCGCGUGUGGAUCGACGCCGAGCGGCAGGACCUCCAGCCUAGCAUCGACGCCUGGACGCUCCUCCUUAUGCGACGGUUCAACCACCACGGCGCGGAAGCCGCGUCAGGGUUCGGGUUCCCAUGCGUCUACAACACGUACCAGGCCUACCUCAAGAGCACGCCGGCGACUCUCGAGGCACACAUGCGGGCUGCGCAAGUGGAGGGCUGGACCCUCGGCGUCAAGCUCGUGAGAGGUGCUUACAUGGCUACCGAGCGCCGGGAGUUGAUCUGGGAUUCCAUCGAGGAGACGCACGCGGCCUACGAUGGGAUUGCGGCAGCGCUGCUCGCACGGCAAUGGCCGGCUGACGUUAGGUCCGGGAAGCCGUGUCCGCGGGUGGCACUCGUGCUGGCAACUCACAACGAGAGGAGUGUUGAGCGGGCGUAUGAGAUCCAGAAGGCGCGUGUUGAGGCCGACGAGGCGAUCAUUGAGCUGGAGUUUGCACAGCUGCAGGGCAUGGCGGAUGAGCUCUCUUGCCGGCUGUUGCAGCUGAGCGAGCUGGGCGGCGAUGAGAAGUUGAGGGAGGGGGACGGCGAUGAGAGGCUCAGACCGAGAGCGUUCAAGUGUCUAGCAUGGGGGAGUACGCGGGAGUGUUUGCAGUUCCUGUGCAGGAGGGUGAAGGAGAAUGGUGAUGCUGUUGCGAGAACGGGGACGUGGGUUAAGGCUUUCCGGAGGGAGCUUUGGAGGAGGCUCAAGGGGGGCGUGAGACUCUGA